AUGCCGCGACGCCGGCCCGCUCCAUCGCGCCGGCGAAACACACCGGCCUCCUCACCAUACCGCUCACCACACCGCCGGCCUCCUCACCACACUGCUCACCACACCGCCGGCCUCCUCACCACACCGCUCACCACACCGCCGGCCUCCUCACCACACCGCUCACCACACCGCCGGCCUCCUCACCACACCGCUCACCACUCGGCCGGCCUCCUCACCACACCGCUCACCACACCGCCGGCCUCCUCACCACACCGCUCACCACUCGGCCGGCCUCCUCACCACACCGCUCACCACACCGCCGGCCUCCUCACCACACCGCUCACCACACCGCCGGCCUCCUCACCACACCGCUCAUCACACCGCCGGCCUCCACACCACACCGCUCACCACUCGGCCGGCCUCCUCACCACACCGCUCACCACACCGCCGGCCUCCUCACCACACCGCUCACCACUCGGCCGGCCUCCUCACCACACCGCUCACCACACCGCCGGCCUCCUCACCACACCGCCGGCCUCCUCACCACACCGCUCAUCACACCGCCGGCCUCCACACCACACCGGUCAUCACACCGCCGGCCUCCUCACCACACCGCUCACCACUCGGCCGGCCUCCUCACCACACCGCUCACCACACCGCCGGCCUCCUCACCACACCGCUCACCACACCGACGGCCUCCUCACCACACCGCUCAUCACACCGCCGGCCUCCACACCACACCGGUCAUCACACCGCCGGCCUCCUCACCACACCGCUCACCACACCGCCGGCCUCCUCACCACACCGCUCACCACACCGGCCUCCUCACCACACCGCUCACCACACCGCCGGCCUCCUCACCACACCGCUCACCACACCGCCGGCCUCCUCACCACACCGCUCACCACACCGCCGGCCUCCUCACCACACCGCUCACCACACCGCCGGCCUCCUCACCACACCGCUCACCACACCGCCGGCGUCCUCACCACACCGCUCACCACUCGGCCGGCCUCCUCACCACACCGCUCACCACACCGCCGGCCUCCUCACCACACCGCUCACCACACCGCCGGCCUCCUUACCACACCGCUCACCACACCGGCGAUCCUCACCACCAGCCCCCCCCCCCCGCUCACCACACCGCCGGCCUCCUCACCACACCGCUCACCACACCGCAGGCCUCCUACCGCACCGCCGGCCUCCUCACCACACCGCUCACCACACCGCCGGCCUCCUCACCACACCGCUCAUCACACCGCCGGCCUCCACACCACACCGGUCAUCACACCGCCGGCCUCCUCACCACACCGCUCACCACACCGCCGGCGUCCUCACCACACCGCUCACCACUCGGCCGGCCUCCUCACCACAGCGCUCACCACACCGCCGGCCUCCUCACCACACCGCUCACCACACCGCCGGCCUCCUCACCACACCGCUCACCACACCGCCGGCCUCCUCACCACACCGCUCACCACACCGCCGGCCUCCUCACCACACCGCUCACCACACCGCCGGCGUCCUCACCACACCGCUCACCACUCGGCCGGCCUCCUCACCACAGCGCUCACCAGACCGCCGGCCUCCUCACCACACCGCUCAAAACACCGCCGGCCUCCCCACCACACCGCUCACCACACCGGUCUUCCAAAGGGACCCGUAACGCGGAUCUCGUCAGCUACAGAUGGUUUCGAGUGA